AUGGCUGUGACUCUCCAUGGCACUAAGGAAAUAAUAAUAGUAGAAGUGAAGCCUGAACUGGUUCUUCAAUCAUCCAUCUCUACAAGGAAGGUGUAUGUGGGUCUGACAUCCCUGACACCGACAACCUUGGCAGCAGGAUCACUGGAUCCUCCCUGUGUGGAUAUCUUGGACAUGGCGGGGAAUGUGUUGAAGACCCCGGAUCCUGUCACAGAUGGAGAGAAACUUGUAUCAGAUCCUUGGUUCCUCAGUACCACCAGGCAGGGUAACAUCCUCAUGUCUUGCGGGGAAUACGGAGCUCGCAGUGUCCUCUGUCUGACUCCUCAUGGAGAUGUUGUGUUCAGGUAUCAGCCUACACAGCCGUGGCCUUCCCUUCGUGGAAUCACUGAAACCAACACAGGACAUAUCCUGGUUAUAUAUCUCAAUGCAAAUUGUGUGUUUCAACUCAGCGCUUCUGGGACGUUUGUGAGGAAAGUGUUGACGUCACGUGAUGGUAUUACAUCUCCGCAUAGUCUCUGCCUGUGUGAAAGUCAGCACCUGUAUGUCAUCGAUGAUGACUGUUUGAAGAUCUACAGAUUUACAAGAAACACCUAAGAUGUGGAUGCAUAACGAUUGUUCCUGAAAGAAUCCGUCACCAUCUGUGUGACAAUAGUUUAUGUAAAUAUGAAUUUCCAAUACAAGAGAACAUCAGUCCAGACUGUCCGCCGAAACAGAUUAAAAUUUGACGUGAAGUGCAAAAUAGUUAUGAAAUUUAUAUGAAUGGAACACUGAUAUUGAGUGAUGACACCAGGUGUUCGCGAAAAGGGUAAGCAUGUCCGGCCCUAUCGGUAGCUUUCGCCAAUCACACAAUUUUCAUGACAAAAGAAGUAUUUGUCCCUGACGCGGCACAGCUGUACUCGUAUCGUGAGACGGCGGCCUGUAAACAAACCAGAAAAUCAAGUGAUCGAUGAACCAGAAAUUCCAGUGACACGUUAGUGCAUUAACUGAUUUUGUUAAAACUAAUAAAACCGAUACGUUAAUUUUAACCUACGAAUUAAAACGUUUAAGAACUAUUAUGUGGGUCAGUGGUUGGGGGGUGCGCAGUUUUAUUGUGCCCACACCAGGUGUUCGCGAUGUUUGUGACAAUGAUGUGGAGCUGUGAGGUGUAUGUGAACAAUGAAUGCACAGAACUGGAAUUGUCACCCGUCAAACAAAUAUUCCGUUACUGAAUGCGGAUGUAUUACGUGUAUAUUUAAGUUAGCGGGGAGGGGAGGGCGGAUUUCGGCAAAGAGCAAAGGUCACCAACAACGUGUGCCAGUUGUUCGAGGCGACUUAAUGGAUCAAGUGACCUGGUUGAUUGUAUGUCAUCGUAUCCCAAAUACAUAGAUCGAUGCUCAUGCUGUCAAUCACUGGACUUUCUGACCAGACUCGAUUAAUUACAGACCAACGUCAUAUAGCUUGAAUAUUGCCGAGUGCUGCGACGAACAACAAACAGACAAUUGGAGCGCAUUUUUUUGUGGCAUGUAAGCAACUGCUGGAAAGUAAAGCCUUUUUGCCUCGUGAAGUAUAUAAUCAUAUAUUUGUAAAUACAAUAAAACUCUGAUAAUUAAACCAUUAACCACUUCCUGUCAGUUUAAGUGUUUUUAUAACCAUUUACAUGCAUAUCCAGGUGUUUACAUUUCUGUCAUAAUAAAAGUGCUGACACUACCUUUGUACAGAUUGUCUUUCUUGUUUAAAUGAAUACAUAACACACACCACACCACUAUGGAACCCGUUCUACGACGGGAAUUUAU